AUGUCUUGGAGUAACUUACAUGCCACUGCAACAAUCCAAACCUCAAUAAAUGAAACAUCUUCUGCUGUGAAUCAACAAGGAGGCAAAGAAAAUAACAUUCUUUUAUUUAUAUUGUUACCAGUGACAGCUAUUGCAUGUGUUGGUAUUGCUAUAGGUGUGGUAAGUCAAAAAAGUGUUUAUAGGCUGUGUUUAUUAUAACCUUCAAUAGAAAUAAAAUCAAGUUUGUGGGGACUUGAAGUGCAAAAUCAGCAAAAGAUUGAAAAGAAUGUGUAAAAAUAUUAUUUAAAUGUGCAUAUUACAUGGACAUGGACACACUAGGGGACUUACUUCUUUGAAUAAUAUUAUAUAGUUUAACUAUUCAUAGCUAGGCUUCAGAGUAAUGUAUCUGCAAUCUAUCUACAACACAAUAUAUUAAAUUUCAAAACUUAUAAUUUAAAAAAAACGUAACCUUUUGUGGCAGUGAGAAGUUAAGAGGUGAGAGUAGAAGGAGUUUUGGUAAAAGCAUAGUCUGUGGAGUGGUUUGUUGGGAAUAAAGUAGCAAUUUUGAUCAUAGUUUUUUCAUUGUUAGCAGUAAAGAACUAAGAACAGGUCAAUAACACAGAAGAGUUAUAGCACUACAAAAAUUGAUUGUAAACAUAAUAUCUUUUAAGUGAAGUAGAAACAGGAAUUUCCCUACUCAUUGAUAUAACUCUAUAUCAGAGUAAAAGAAAAUGAAAACUGUUUUUGUGUACAGUUACAUCUAUCUAAUAGGUAUCGACUGGGUUAAAAUUUUAUGACUAUUUUACUAUUUAUUAUUUAAUUUUUAGAGUUGUUUUUUUCUACUACAACAACAGUGAGUGAUGGGUUACAUAAGAAGGUUAAAAAUUAAUCAAAGGAGAUUGUAAAAUAUAGUGAGAGUAAGUGACAUCCAGAAAAAUUGGCUUUUUAUGGAGAUAAGAAGAUGUGUUGCAUUGAGUCACACCUUCUACGGAAUGAAGAAAUAGUUAAUAAGAAAACAUUAAUAAAUACAAUAAUAAGAUUUACAACUAAUCUAGGUUUGAAGAACUCUGAUAUUAAAUUUUGUAAAGGAAGUUAUACCUAAGAUAAGGCUGUUACUGUUAUAAAUGGGCAUACAUUAAAAAAAGCAAUUGAACUUAAAGGGGGGUCCCAUGGCCAUUCUCAAGGACAAGUAUAAUUUUGUGCAUAAUGUAUUUAGACAGCAAUGAUUUUUUCUUUCUGUUAUGGAUGUUGAUUAAAUGACAGGGACACAAUAGUACAGGUAGUUAAAUACAAAAUCGUAAUAUUUUAACUAACUCUCAUAGUAAAUAAGAGUACUGGUUUUGUAUUAUAAUUUAGGCUACUGAAGGAUUUGCAAGCCUUUUAUUGUGAAAAUCCCUUUAGAUGGUUCUGAACCUGAUUUAGCUGUAAGAAACUAUUAUUCUUAAUAACAAUUAAAACCAAUUGUCAAUCCCCAGAUUGUUUGGCUACUUAAAAGGAGCAGGUAAGACUACACAUCCAUUUUUAAUCUCUUGGCGAAAGCCACUAAAACAGAAAUUUAUCUGAUUUUUAUUAAUAUUAAAAAUAAUGAAAUCUAGAUGUGUCAUAAUUUUAACGCUGACUUUUUCCUCUGUAGAAUGGAUAAGCUUCGACACCACUUAAUGCCAUUAUACAGUUUUGACCCUUCUGACAGCAGCCAGGACUGGGAAACUGAUCUUCUUAGCCAG